AUGGAAGCAUCCAUGAGUUGUGUCCUUGGUCAGCACGAUGAAACGGGUAGGAAGGAAAGAGCCGUAUACUAUCUCAGCAAGAAGUUCACUGAUUAUGAGACAAGGUAUACGGUUCUAGAAAAGACCUGUUGUGCUCUUACACGGGCCUCGCAACGCCUACGCCACUACAUGUUGAACUAUACGACCAUGCUGAUUGCAAGGGUGGACCCGCUGAAGUAUCUCUUUGAAAAGCCAGCCCUCACGGGCCGUACAGCAAGUAAGGGGACUAAUUUCCCGGGCGAGGCUAUUCUAUUUGCGGUAGGCGAAGAAGAAGACGAAACUCCUCAUGAUUGGCAAAUGUUCUUUGACGGUGCAGUAAAUCAGAACGGAAAUGGAGUUGGAAGCAGCCCCUUUCUACAUGCUUGCUAUCUUAAAGCUCGCCAAAAGGAGCCCAGCCCAUAUUCCCAUAGCUGUCAAGUUGAGAUUCUUUUGCACAAACAAACAAUAUCGCAGAAUAUUCUGCGUGUAUCACAGGCGCUUCGCGCCCUCGAGUUGAGAAUCAAGGAGAUUGAUGUAUAUGGAGAUUCGUCACUUAUCAUCUUUCAGACAACUGGUGAUUGGAAAACCAAAGAUCAGAAGCUCAUUCCCUACCAUCAGUAUCUGGAAGAUAUCAGCCUAAAGUUCAGACGGAUUACCUUCAAUUAUAUGUCGAGGACGAAGAAUAAGUUUGCUGACGCAUUGGCCACACUAGCUUCCAUGAUCAGUAGACGGUAUUGA